GAACUUAGAAAUCAGUCAGAAUCAAAGUUUCUCAGCAAACAGUUCAUAGUGAAUUGUGAAAGAGUGGCUAAAACAGUGCAUAUACAAAGGAUAGAGUAAAGGACUUAACUAACAUACGUAGUAGUCCGUAUCCAUAGUGGCAAUAAAAAAAUUUAAAAAGAAAUUAUACAAAAUAAUAAUUAGUUAAUUUGAUUAAAAAAUAUUCUAAGUAAAUAUGUUUGAAAAGUUGUGUUUUUUACUACUAAUUACAACCACAUUGGCACGUCCUGAACCACCUCUUAAUGCCUAUCUACCUCCAAUGGCAAGUGCUGCCUCCGCACCAUCUGGUAGUUACAGCGCACCUGGUCGUGGUCGCACUGACACUAACAUUGCUAGUCCUUCAAACUCAUAUGGUGCACCAAAUCAAGGUGGCAAUUUAAAUGGCGACACUCCAAGUAAUACUUAUGGUGCUCCUCAACAAGGAGGUAAUGGACGUAAUUUGGGACGACCAUCAAGUGCUUAUGGUGCACCAAAUCAAGGUACAGGUAGUCUUUCAAAUGCUUAUGGUCCACCAGACCAAAACGGUAUUGGCAAUGGACGCCCUUCAAAUACUUAUGGAGCACCCUCUUUUGGUGGUAGCAGUAGCGGUCGUCCGUCUAGCACUUAUGGUGCACCUGGAGAAACAAACAACGGCUUAUCACGUCCAUCGAGUACUUAUGGUGUACCCAGUAAUGGUGAAGACCGCAAUGGUGUUCUUUCCAACGCUUACUCACCAAAUCAAAUAACGGACAAUUUAGGUCGACCAUCAAGUACUUAUGGAGCUCCUGGCCAAGGUGGAAAUGGCAAUGCACGACCAUCAACUAAUUAUGAUGCACCAGAUCUGAAUGGUAAUGCACUAUCGUCACCAUCAAAUACAUAUGGUGCUCCCAGACAAGGUACUGGCCAACUUUCUGGUAGUUAUGGUGCCCCUAAACGAAACAAUGGACGUCCAAGUGGACUAUAUGGUGCACCUGAACGAAAUGGUUUGUCGGAUAGUUACAGUGCUCCAGCCUCUGGUAAUGGCAAUGGCAAUGGCAGCGGCAAUGGCAAUGGUAAUGGUAAUGGAAAUGGUCAAGGUAAUGGACGUAUUGGUCAGCCAAAACAGGAUUACUUGCCUCCAAACCGUGCAACUUCCAAUGGAAAUGGUCAACGAGGUGGUGAUAGCAGCUACCAAUAUGAUCAAGGUAGCAUCAAUGGUGCUGGUGGCUUACGUGGAGCUGGCGGUGUUAGUGGUACUUAUGGUGGUACUGAUGAUAGUCAAAAUAAUGAACCUGCUAAAUAUGAAUUUAAUUACGAAGUUGAAGACGCACCAAGUAGUCUGUCGUUUGCGCACUCAGAGAUGCGUGAUGGUGAUUUCACAACGGGCCAAUACAAUGUUUUGUUGCCCGAUGGCAGAAAGCAAAUCGUUGAAUAUGAAGCCGAUGAAGAAGGCUAUCGACCACAAGUGCGUUAUGAAGGUGAUGCUAUUACUGGUAAUGGUGUUGGCGGUCAAUACGAUGAUGGUCAAGGAUAUAACAGUGGCAGACCAACUGGACAAGACAACUUAGGACAAGGCUACACCAAUGGUCGUGCAGGUGGACAGGAUAACCAAGGACAAGGUUAUUCAAAUGGACGUCCAAAUGGCCAAGAUAGUCAAGGACAAGGCUACAGUGGUGGUAGACCAACUGCACAAGAUAAUUUAGGACAAUCUUAUGAUGGUGGUAGAUUAAAUGGAAUUGGCGGACAAUUUAACGAUGGUCAAGGUUAUACCAAUGGCAAACCAACAGGACAAGAUAACUUAGGACAGAAUUUAGGUAAUGGUCGUGCAGGUGGUCAAGAUAGACAAGGUGGACAAGGAUAUUCUAAUGGACGCCCAAAUGGAAAUGGUGGUCAAGGAAAAAAUAAUGGUAAACCAAAUGGUCAAGAUAACCAAGGGCAGGGUUACUCAAAUGGUCGUCCAGGUACUAACGGUACUGGCGGUCAAUUUAAUGAUGGUCAGGGAUACGGCAAUGGUAAGCCAAACGGACAAGAUAAUUUAGGACAAGGAUAUACAAGUCGUCGUCCUGGUGCGAUUGGUAGUGGACGAAAUGGCGAUCAAGACUCAUUUGGACCUGGUGGACAAAAUGGUCUUAACGAUGGCAAUGGUUACAAUUAUUAAUAAAAUUCCUCGUGUAAAGAAAACUUCGAGAACAAUGAUAUUUACUCCUGUAUGAUGUGCUCUAGAAUACGUAUAUAUGAACUAGUUUUUUUUGUAUAGACCUUUUUAUUAUUUACAUAUUGUUUUAAGGAAU